CAAGUUCAAGAAUAUCUUCGGGAUAGCUACUGAGGGUUCGGUAAUUGACCAUGGUUGGGAGGCCAGGAAGAUCGAAAGGAUGCAUCACCUGCAUUAAGAGGAAGGUCAAAUGCGAUGAACAGAGACCCACCUGUCUCCGAUGCCGAGAUUCCUUCAUGAUAUGUGACGGGUAUCGGAAUGACGGUGUGGCGUUCAUCAAUGAAGGCAUAGAGAGUCAGGUUGCGCUGGCCGCGUCAACUUCCAAAUCACAACACCGCAAAUCUCCUCCCGCCCGGCAACGGCCAAAGCAAGGUUCUCAUGCAGAGAAACGCAAGAAGCAUGCAUAUCGCUCAGGCACCACUCCAACAAAUAUACCAGAGCUCACCAGCGUACUUGUAAUUAACCAACGUUUGGGAAAGACACAACACCCGGGACAAGUUUCCAAUAUUGAGUUCAAGUUUGUCACGGACACGGGCCCUGAACCUACUCCAGAACCAAUUUCGAGUGCAGCUUUACCAACCACGGCACUACUAGCCAGUGUUGAUAUAGGUGGCUUUCGAGAACAAAUAUGGGUGUCAUACAUAGCACAGCGACUCUUCCCAGGCUCAGGUUAUAAUGUUCCCUCCAAAACUCACUCUUGGAUCCUUGACUUCGUUGAAACAGAUCAAACAUCUGUCGCAUAUUCAACAGCAUGCUGUCUAGGAGCAGCUUGUUUCACAGGUCAGACUACGAUACUAGAGAAGGACAACGCAGCAAGAACGUGGUACUGCAAAGCAAUCCAACAACUGAAUGCCAAUCUCCAGAGCACCAACCUGAGAAAUGACCCUUCAAACAUUGCUGCUUCAUUACUGCUAGGCAUCUAUGAGCUAGCAAUCUCAACCGACGGCUACGGCUGGAUCUGCCACGCUGGCGGCGUCGGCCGAUUGAUUGAGAUGCGAGGUCCAGAAGCACAUCAACGAGGACUAGGAAAGAGAUAUUUUAUGGUUGCUCGACUUUCUAUUAUCUCCCAAGCACUUUUCACUCGAAGACGAACAUUUCUAGAACAAGAAAAAUGGAAACCUGAUUCUUCCGAUGAACCAGAGAUACAGAAAUGCAACACUGAGAUAUUCAACAUAUUUGCUCGCAUCCCUGGAAUACUUGAGGAUAGCGAUCAAAGCACCACCGCAUCGACAGACGCACAUCUGCAUGAUGCCAUCGUACAAAUACUAGCUGACCUCUUUGCUUGGCGCUGGAAUUGGGAAGAAGUUCACCCGAAUUUUGCAUACGAGACACCGGUCACGAAGCAUGGCUUAGCAACAGACAACCAAGGACCUCUGUUUCCCAGCAUAAUAUCCUUCCGAAUUUUCCACCAGGGAAGACAAUUAAUUUUGUACGAUACGGCACUUAUUCUCAUGCUUGAUCUGGUUCACACACUCCAAAUCUCAAAUGCACCAGCACUUGCUCUCGCAACGCUCUCCACCCACCAAAUACCACGAGCAACGAACCCACUCAUCAUGCCACACGAAAACAUCUCCAUACCAGAGACUGCGAGGGAGAUUCUACGAUGCAUAGAAUUUCACCUUCAAGGGGAGCACAUUAUGGCUGGUGCAUUGAUGCUAUUGAUGCCACUACGAGUCGUCUCUGCAUUCGUAGAGGAUGAGAGAGAGCAGGUGUGGUUGAGAGGAAUCACGAAGAGGAUGGCGAGGGAGUGUGGGUGGAGGUUUAGUGAGGGGUUGAGCGGGUAUGGGAGUAUAUGUGCUGGAUUGAAGAGGGCUAUUGAGGGGAGGUACCGUGGGAAGUGA